AUCACUUCCUGCUGCUGACACUAGAAGAACAUCAACACUGGUAAAAUGAAGGCAUUGGUCCUGUCCUUGCUGGUGGUUGUGGCUGCGGCUGAGAGACCAUCCCUCUCCUACGACGCCCCUGCACCACACACAUCCUCGCCCGUCCAGCAGAUCCCCAUCAUCCGCGACGAGCGAGUCCAUCCUGCCGCUGACGGCACCUACAGCUUUGACGUGGAGACUGGGGAUGGCAUCGUCAGGCACGAGUCUGGCGGUCCAGGUGGCGCACAGCAAGGCACUGUGAGCUUCACCUUCCCAGAUGGUCAGAUCUUCAAUCUUCAGUUCGUCGCCGACUUAAACGGUUACCAACCUCAGUCGCCUUUCCUGCCCGUCGCUCCUGCCUUCCCCCACCCAAUCCCCGCCCACGCCCUCGAGCAGAUCGAGCGUGGUCGACUUGAACUCGAAGCUCGGGCCCGUGAGGACCAACGUCAGUCAUCAAGCCAGGGACAAGCCUCCCCUUCUCGCAACUAUGGUCAGCCGCAGUAAAGUUUUCUCCCACUGAAAUCCGACGACAUUUGUUAUCAUAACAUCCUUCUUCCCUCUAUCACCAUGCUACGUGUGCGUAAUACAACGAAAUGUUAUUCAUCUGUGACACGACUAUUUUGUAAAUAAGUAUGUCUUUUA